AUGUUCAUCAUGACGGAUAUACUGAAAGCCGAGACGAUACAGAGGUCAGUGCGCUCCGUCAUGGCUUGUACUACUUACUACCUUCCCCAGCACGGCGUUCGCUAGCGCUCCUCGUCGCGCUCGUUCAGCUCGAACCUUUGAGCUGGUGCUGCACCUCAAGCAUGGUUCCCAUCGCACCCAGCGACUCUCGGAGCUGACUCUUGGCCAGUAUCCUCUAUGUCUAACCCGUCUCUCGCACAGACCUCGGUCCUCUCCAGCUGGUGCACGACGUCGUGACGUGCUGCUUCCCCCACCUCAAGUCAAAGCGCCAUCCCCCACUUCGGAGCCCUCUUCGCCAACGGUCACCUUGGGUGGUCGACGUCGGGCGCGUUCGUCCACUACCCCACGCGAGAUCGAACACGGUCUGUGCCCUUCAACGUCGCCAGCAGUGGGGACGGAGGAGUCCAUCGCCGCGAGCGGUUUGCACCGGUCCAAUUCGGAGGAUUUGUUUAGCGUUCGCAUCAACCCGACCGGGGCGCCGGUUCACCCCAUCCCUUCACCCACCAUCACCACGGGGCACCCGCACUACCCCGUUCACGAGUACGCUCUCGAGCAGGACUACUCCUCCCACCAAUACCAUGUUGGAUACGAUCCAUCCCAUCACUACCACCCUCACGUUACUUCGCCGAUGGUGGUGCCGUACCGCUCGUCUCCGAAUGGCUCGAUCGCCUCGCUUCCUCACCGUCACGCCUCCACCACCGCGUCCGAUCAUCACUCUGGUGUGGCCAUUGCCAACGUCGACGACUCGUCCCACUCGCCGACAAUGAUCAUACUCCACGGCGGAGUACCUCAACAAGCCUUCCCCUCGCCUCAGUCCUCCCCAGGCAUCGCCAUGCAAGACACCAGUGGCUGGCCCCCCGUCCCAGGCCAAGCCGAAACGGGCGCUCCCAACCUCAGCGCCCCUCCACGAUCCCCCUUCUUCGAUUGCCCUCCUCCAUCCGUGUACCACCUUUCCCCGAACUAUCAAAGUACUUCAGGGCCCAUCGAGUUCAUCCCACGACCUUACCCCUGUAUGUCACCCAACCCUUACCCUCCUUUCCACCUUCCUCCGAUGGGCGUCGGUUUUAGUCAUGGACCCCCUAUUCAAGAUGGGCAAUGCGCCGUCGGAGGGAGGAUGGGGCCGUCGGUCCUGCCGCGAUUGGAAGGUGGGGAGGUGUUUUACGAACGUUCGGGGGUGGUCAAGUUUUGGAAUAUGAGUGAGUGCACUUUCUCAACCUCUGUGGUCGAGAUGGGCAUGCUGCGGGUUUCGAUUUGCUGACGAUUGAAUUGGGGGUGAUGUUCGCAGAAGGCUGGGGGUAUUUGGUCGAUGACCACGCCUACGAGCUCGACGGAAGGGAUGGUGAGUCGCACGAACAGAUCCUUGAAAGUUCAUGAGACUUCAUGAGUCACUGACCUGGAGGUCACACCUCGCUUGUACCAGUCUUUGUACACCAUACCGCGAUUCGCCAAACCGGCGGCUUCUUCCGCUUCCUCGUCCCUCAUGAAAGGGCGAGUUCCCCUUCUGCUACUUGAUUUCUCCGCAUGUUCCACGAAACUAAUCUAAGUCUUUACAACUCUUCAGGUAACCUAUGACCUCCUCUACAAAGAAAAGAAACCGCACCGACCCAUCGGCAACGGAUCCUCCGAAGAAGAUCACGAACAAGGGGACCGCAAUACGCGUCCUUCUCGUCGACUCGUCGCCCGCCUAGAAGAUGUCAACAUUCGUCCUGAAAAAGGUUGGAGUACAAAUGAUAAUGGAAACGGGGAACCGGAGAGGGGUUUGGCUGCUCAGAAUGUGAGGGAUGGGAAUGGUCAGUUUUCCAUAUCUUCGACCCCUCUAGGUUCCAAGGUCGGUGAAGUGAUGUUGAUCUCCACACCUUUCUUAAUGAUCACAGGGAUGAAUUUCUGGCACUGCGAACGGGAACCCCUAUUCGACGAACUGGGACUUGCAUCACGUCUGCCCAAAAAUUCCAAGAAGGAUACUUUCGCGGGGUUGAAGACCACGACGACGAGGUCGACUGCGCAUUCGGCCCUCCCUGGACAGGCAGGUGAGGCUGGAGUGGGCGGGGGUGAUAAGGUAAAAGGGGUGCAUUAG